CAUCGUAAGAUCUACGACAAAACGGCGGGAAUGAUUUUUAUUAAUUAAAACGUGUAUCACUGUGCAUUAAUAAUGAAUGGAUUGAUCACAAGAAGAACAAAUAACAAUAAUACGUAUCGUAUAAAUGAAAAAAUUCGUAUAAAAUACAAACAACACUUGUCGGAUGAUCGAGCAUUGGAACAGGUGGUGUACGUCAAGCAAUUAUUUAUCAAAAAAUUUAAUUUACCAGACGACAGAAAUGUUUCAAAAAGGAAAACAUAAAAUAGAGAAGUAAACGUAUAUACUCUCAGGAAUUAUUUUCACGAACGAACACAUUUUUAUCUGAAAAAUGGAACUGAUACUAUCGAAUCGAAAGAUAAUAAACAAAUUUUAUGGAUAACGAAAUAAUGAGCGAAUUUUACGAAAUAUUCGAGAUCUUAUGAUUCAAUUAAUUAAAUAUUCAUCGAUCGAAGGGUACAAAAAAUGUGUCAUUGUACAUUGUAAAAUAUUGCAAUGAAUUAAGGAAUAGAUACUUCGGUUAUAAAUGAAGUUAAAAUAUAUCUGACUUAUUAUGGAAGCUGUAUGGAGGAGCUUCAAGUUCAGAUAUAUUCUUAUUUGUAUCUUUGUUACCUUCAUCAUGUCCUGUUUGAUAAGUAUUGUUCCCAUUAAUAUUGAUGAAUGUAAAUGUGAGAAUGAUAUUUUGAUGAAGCAAUACAAUGCUCAUAAACAAAAUACCAAAUUGCAUAAAAAGUCUGAAAGAUCCAAGUACAAGUUAGCUAUUCUUGUACCAUUUAGAGAUCGUUUUGAUGAGUUAUUAACAUUUGCAAUACACAUGCAAGAGUUUUUAGAUAAGCAGAAUAUAAACUAUCAUAUAUUUAUAUUAAAUCAGUUCGACAGAUACAGAUUUAAUCGAGCUUCCCUCAUUAAUGUUGGUUUUCUUGAAACUAGUAAAGACUUCCAUUAUAUAGCCAUGCAUGAUGUUGAUUUACUGCCAUUAAAUGACGAAUUAUUAUAUAUAUAUCCUAGUAAAGGUCCUUAUCAUAUAUCAUCUCCAGAUUUGCAUCCUAGGUAUCAUUAUUCCACAUUUGUUGGUGGUAUAUUACUUAUUAAAAGAGAGCAUUACAUGCAAGUUAAUGGUAUGUCAAAUAAGUACUGGGGUUGGGGUCUUGAGGAUGAUGAAUUUUAUGUCAGAUUAAAGGAAGCCGGCUUAAGUAUUACUCGGCCUCAAAAUAUAUCUACAGGAACGCAUAAUACAUUUAAACAUAUUCAUGAUAGAAAUCAUAGAAAGCGUGAUAUGAUGAAGUGUUACAAUCAGCGGGAAGUUACUAGAAAACGAGAUAGAGAAACUGGUUUAAGUAAUAUCUCAUAUAAAAUAAUAAAUAGAAUUAAAAUGACAAUUGCGAACACAUCAUUGACCGUACUCAAUAUCUCCUUGAUGUGUGACAAGUCUAGUACACCUUGGUGUGAAUGUGAUAAAACUAGUGUUGCAAAAGAUGCAAAACCAAAAGAGAAAAAAAAGAUAAUUAAUAAUAAUAUUAACAACGAUAAUAAUAAUAAUAAUAAUAAUAAUAAUAAUAAUAAUAAUAAAAACAAAGGUAAAUCAGAUACAGCAUUGUAACUAUAUUAUUAUUGUACUAAAAAGAAAUUACAAAACCCAUUACAAUUACAUAGAACACUGUGUUUUUGAUAAUUUGUAUCUUUAGAGUAUGAUGAAGUUUUGUCCAUGCAGAAGAAGAAACGUUUUUAUUUAAUUUUUAAUCAGAAAAUUUUAAUCAAAAAGUUUCUUUUCAUGUAUCAAACGUUCAGACCAGUUAACUAUAACUUACAUGUUUUAUACAAGGGAUACAAUAAUAUAACAUACAACAAAUGAUCUUUGAGAGUAUCAAUUUAAUUAACUAAGAUUCACUAAUCAAAUGCAUAUUUAUCAUACAGGCGAUAUAACAUGUAAAUUUUAUACUGUUUGUACACAUUAUUUACAUCUAAAAUUAUUCUCAUGAUCGCAUUUUACAAUAAAUAAUACUCACAAAUGCU